AUGGCCGCCGAGGUGAAGCAGUUCCUCGAUGCCAAUAGGAAGGUCACCGUGCUAGGCGCGGCCGCCGCCGCGAAGCCCAAGGUGGCCAGGAAGGGGUUCCCUGAGAGGGCGGCCUUGGCCAAGAACCCCAUGGGGAAGAAGCUGUUCGAGGUGAUGGAGGCCAAGCAGAGCAACCUGUGCGUCUCCGCGGAUGUUGGGACAGCUAAGGAGCUCCUUGAGCUUGCCGAAAAGGUUGGCUCUGAGAUUUGCAUGCUGAAAACCCAUGUCGAUAUCUUGUCAGAUUUUACACCUGACUUUGGCACCAAUCUUCGCUCGGUAUGCUCUGUGAUGAUGCAAUCUUGUCUUUUAUUUUCAAUGAUAAUAAUGCUUCUCUCUCUCAGAUGGUACCUUUGGAUCUUUGUGUUUACUAGUAAAAUGUCAGUGUCCACAAUAGUCUUCUCAUUUCAUUUGUCAGUAAUCUGAUGUAGCAUCUUCAUG